UAAAUUUGACGUUUGUGAAGUGAAGAAAGAAUCGUUGAGUUCUUGUUUGAUGUUUCUCGUUAGGAAAUCUAAUAAUUUUUCAGAAAUAUCAAGAGAAUUAGGAUAGGUAACUUCUAGUUAACGGCUUAGAAUUACCUUGUCUUAUACGUCCCCAUAUACAUGUAUAUUACAUUGGAAAAAAACAGUGUUGUUUGAACUGUAAUACUUUACAAAUUAAGGUUAUUGUAUUCAGCAAAUGUACUAAGUAAACAACAAUUUUGCUGAUUCCUCGCAAAGUUUUCUAAAAAUGGGAGUACCGAAGUUCUUUAGGUACACAAGUGAAAGGUAUCCUUGCCUUAACGAACUGGUGAAGCAGUAUCAGAUACCAGAUUUUGACAACAUGUAUUUAGACAUGAAUGGUAUAAUUCACAACUGUUCACACCCUGACGACUCCAAUCCACACUUCCGCAUCACAGAGGAGAAAAUAUUCAAGGACAUUUUCCACUAUAUCAGUAUACUGUUUCAAAUCAUUAAGCCUAAGAAAUUGUUCUUCAUGGCUAUUGACGGUGUAGCACCACGGGCUAAGAUGAACCAGCAGAGAGGGAGGAGGUUCAGAUCUGCAAGAGAAGCUGAGGAUUUGGAAGAAAAAGCUAAAGCUAAAGGUGAAGUGUUACCGACAGAGAAGAGGUUUGACAGCAAUUGCAUCACCCCAGGAACCGUGUUCAUGGCGCGUCUGCAUGAACAACUCAGAUAUUUUGUCAAGUCCAAAAUAUCUACUGAUCCUUUAUGGUCCAAGGUUAAAGUUAUACUUUCUGGACACGAGACCCCCGGCGAGGGCGAGCACAAGAUCAUGGACUACAUCCGCUGGGCGCGCUCGCAGCCCGGCUACGAGCCCGACACGCGCCACUGCCUGUACGGGCUGGACGCCGACCUCAUCAUGCUGGGCAUGUGCACGCACGAGCCGCACUUCGCGCUGCUCAGAGAGGAGGUAAAAUUCGGCAAAACAACCCAACGAGCGACAAGUCCCGAAGAAACCAACUUCUACCUUCUCCACCUAUCUCUUAUGAGGGCAUAUUUAGAGCAAGAAUUCAUAUCUAUAAAGAAUAAGUUGCCUUUCCCCUAUGAUAUUGAGAAGAUUGUGGAUGAUUGGGUUCUGAUGGGGUUCCUGGUAGGCAACGACUUCAUCCCCCAUCUGCCCAACAUGCAUAUCAACAACGAUGCUCUGCCGUUAUUGUACAAGACUUAUAUGAAUGUGCUGCCUACUUUAGAUGGUUACAUAAACGAGUCGGGCGACCUGAACCUGGUGCGAUUCGAGAUAUUCAUGCAGGAGCUGGCCAAGAUAGACAAGGAGAAGUUCCAGGACACGUACGCCGACCUCAAGUACUUCGAGGGCAAGACUGGCCGCCGGCCCAAUGCUAUGGAGAGGAAAGAGUACAAGCCCAACAACGACGACACGUUCAACAUCAACAUCGAGGACAUCAAGGCCAACAAGCCGGACGACGAGCUGCAGGCUCUCAUCAACGCCACGCAGGAAAUGUAUAUGGACGAUGUGGACAAUGACGACGAAUAUGAUGAGACGAGUGAUGAGGAGGCUACUAUGGAAAUGGAGUUCCUGUUGCACAAAAAGGACUACUACAUGAACAAAUUAGAUUACUCUAAAGUUACGGACGAGGUGCUGGCCGACCAGGCGGAGGGCUACGUACGCGCCGUGCAGUGGAACCUGUACUACUACUACAAGGGCUGCCCCUCCUGGUGCUGGUACUACCCGCACCACUACGCGCCCUACAUCUCCGACAUCAGGGGCUUCAAGGACCUCAAGUUCGACUUCGAGCUGGGGGAACCGUUUAAGCCAUUCGAGCAGCUGCUAGCGGUACUGCCGGCGGCCAGCAAGCACCUGCUGCCGACGCCCUUCCACGACCUGAUGACGGACGAGGACUCGCCCAUCGUGCACUACUACCCGCUGCACUUCGAGACCGACCUCAACGGCAAGAAGAACGACUGGGAGGCCGUGGUGCUCAUACCUUUCAUUGACGAGGUGAGAGAUCUCACAGCGACCGCUGUCGGAGACGGACGAGGACUCCCCAUCGUGCACUACUACCCGCUGCACUUCGAGACCGACCUCAACGGCAAGAAGAACGACUGGGAGGCCGUGGUGCUCAUACCUUUCAUUGACGAGGUGAGAGAUCUCACAGCGACCGCUGUCGGAGACGGACGAGGACUCCCCAUCGUGCACUACUACCCGCUGCACUUCGAGACCGACCUCAACGGCAAGAAGAACGACUGGGAGGCCGUGGUGCUCAUACCUUUCAUUGACGAGACAAACUUGCUGUCGGCGAUGGCGCCGUGCUACCAGCGGCUCACUGAAGAGGAGCUGAAGCGAAACACGCACGGACCUAUGCUCGUCUACAAUUGGACACCGGAAAAUCUAGGUCAGAUCCCAGCGCCGCAGUACUUCCCGCCGCUAGCGGCGAACCACGCGACGGAGACGGCGGUGUGGCGCUCGGAGCUGGACGUGCGCGACGAGCAGCUGGUGCGCGGCAUGCUGCCCAACGUCAACCGGGAGAUAGUGUUCCCCGGGUUCCCCACCAUGCGCUACAUGGACUUUAAGACGAGCAUAAAGAAAGUGAAGGUGAAAGUGUUCGACCAGCCGUCGCGCAACGAGAGCAUGAUCAUCGAGCUGCUGCCGACGGACAGCACCGACCCGCCGCUGGAGCUGGUGGCGGAGCGGCUGCUGGGCAGGGUGUGCUGGGUCGGCUGGCCGCACCUCACGCGCGCCAAAAUAAUAUCCGUGUCGAACGAGAAGAAGCGUCUGCACCACGUGGAGCAGCACGGCGACAGCGCGGCCGGCGGCGCGGUCAGCUGCGAGCCCAACGCCGGCAACCUGCACAAGCAGUGGCUGGCCGAGCGCUGCACCCUCGUCGAACACAACAUGAACCGUCUCGGCAUCGAGCUGGGCGAAGUGAACGUUAUUGUUCAUGCAGUCAACCUCAGAGGCUACAAGUACGCGAUACAAGACAACGUAUCGAUGGUGCUGGAGGAGGAGUGGUGCAAGGUGGCGUGCGGCUAUGCGCUGCAGAGCGUGGUCGCCGCCGUGGCCACGCACCCGCGCCCGCCCGCCAAGUUCCUCACGCCGCGCGACGCGUACCCGCCCGGCGACCACUGCUUCCUGCUCACCAACGGACAGUACUACGGCUGCAUGGCCACUGUGAAAGUACCUACAUUUAUGCCAUUCCAUAAAACCCUCAGCCAAGGCAAGCCCCAGGAUGUGGUGAAAUGGAUCAAGAAGCAGCCGCACAGCAACGCGAUGCGGCGCGAGUGCGGCUCCGACGCGCUGGAGCCCGAGGAGAUGCGCGUGCUGUACAGCAACCUGCGCCAGCAGCUCGACCGGCUGCAGCAGCAGGAGAAGAGCGUCACGCUGCACGUCAAGUGGAACCUGCUCUACAAGCCGGAGCUGCACGAAGGCAACAUCCAGCCGGACCCGAAGGCCGACUUCAAGAUGUACGACCGCGUGGUGUGCGUGGCGCGCAGCAUCACGGCACCGCUGGGCGCCAAGGGCACGGUGACGGCCGUGUACGCGCCGGCCGACGGCAACACGGUGCGCCUGUCCGACAAGAUGAACGCGCAGCCCUCCUACCAGGUCAUGUUCGACGAGCCCUUCGACGGCGCGCAGAGCGAGGACCUGUUCGAGGAGACGAGGUUUUAUAGGAUGCUGCCCACCAACAUGCUGAACAUAUCGUUCGGGCGCAAGCUGCGCGGCUCCGUGAGCUGCGCCGACACUCAGCCCUUCACGUACCGGCCCACCGUGCUGCGCCGCGAGGACGGCCACCACUCGGCCUUCGCCAGCUACAGCCCGCCGCGCGAGAUCCCGUCGCCGGCGGAGGCGCGCGCUGCGCACCACAACAACGUCACCAACGGGCCGCAGCAGGACAACGCGACGAGUUUACUGAAGAGCUUGCUGAAGAUCAGCGAAACUGAACCCGACUCCAAUGGUAAAACCAAGAGUCUCCCCGAGCCCGCUUCCAGUUGGCGCAUCAAAAACGAUACUCAAAAAACUUCAACACCCAAAGCACCGAACUGGCGCGCGCAGAGCAAGGACAGCGCGGCGCAGAGCCAGCCGCCCAUGCCGCCCUACCCCACGUUCGCUGCACCGCCGCCGGCGCCCUUCCCGCACGCGCACCCGCGCAACCAGCGCCACCAGCCCCCGCCGCGCAACCAGCAGCCCAACAGCUUCGGCACUCACUUUGCCAACCAGAACAGUUUCAACAACCAGCAUGUUGGCAACCAAACUUUCCCUAAACAUCUACCGAAUGUCAACCAAGCCAUGACGUUGGGACCAGCGUGGAUUAAAGGGCAGAGUCAGCCGAGCGACCCUGUGGAGUCGGCGGCGAGCCAGCCGGGCGCAGACAAGCUGAACAAUCCCUUCAUUCCGCUGCAGGCGCAGGCGAGGCGGCAGAGCUCCAGCGGCUCCUCCUCUCGCAGAGAUGUGGAGGCGACGCCGGCGCCGCCCCCCGCGCCGGUGCAGAUCCUGGCGCGCCCGCCACAACCAAUCCAGCAGCAGCAGACGACGGCGAGGCCGCAAAGAAAGAAGAAAACCAGAAUCGCAGCCAACCUGCCCUUCCAGAUGGACUAGUGUCUAAGAGUACCGUGACCUCAGAGAUUAAAUUAAUGUACAUUAUACUCAGGGUUGCCACCUACUGUUUAUAACAUAGUCAAAUAGUGUAUAUUUUUAUUAAACUGCAAAAAUUACUUCUGGAAAAUUUAAAUUUAAAGAACUUAAAAAGCGCGACAAUUUAUUUAUGUACAUAUGCGAGUUUUAAUUUCAUCAUAACUUUGAAAUGAUUUUAGAUUUUAAUGCUUACAUUACCUAAGGUGAUAUUACAUUAAGGUGAUAGUAUCCUAGGAAUCCUUUCUUUUUGUUAUGUUUUACAGUAACUAAUUACAGGCUUUUAUUUAAUUUGUCGUUAGCUAUGUGUGGGUUAAUGUUGGAUACUGAAUGUGUGGUCAUACUUGCUUAUCUUCAGUGACAAUAAUGUAACAUGUUCCGUACGGCUGAUCUGAUGUUGUAGUCGUAAAAUGGAAUAUGAACUCCUAAACUAAACAAGGUAAACGAUACACACGUCUACCUCAGGUGUUGUUCAAGCGUACAUAAUUUUUUUAAAAUUAUAAUUUUUAAAUAUUACUUAAACAGUGCGGUUGGCAACCCUAAUCAUACACAUCAUCAGUGACAAACACAUAUAAAAUUAUAUUUAUACAACAGAACGUUUACUAAGUGUAGUUAGUGAAAUUGUAUGAAUGCCACAUCAUUGGUGUAGGAAAAUAUAUUUCUUGUUCAUAUACAUUGUACCACGAAGGUGCGAUACUUAAUAAAAUAAGAUCGAAACAAGGUAACGAAACUUGGUAUAUAAAUAUAUUCAAUGUAAAUAAAACUUUGUGAUGUACAUGCGAUGAAAAGACAGAACCAAUUUAAUCGUUUCUACUGUUGUAGAUACGUUUAUGUUAAGCAUUGAUAUAAAUACUAAGUUUCAUGAUUCAGUUGAAUAAGGAAAAUCAAAUAGCAUAUGGAAGGUUCACACUAAAGGUCAGCAGGCGGACGGUGGAUGCGUCUGCAGGCCAUGUGUGCGCUGGGAAAUUAUUUCUCAAAAUAACUAUGAAGUACGAAAUCUUGUCAAAAUAAAAAUCAUUUAAAAAGUGAAGUAGUAGCAGUCAGUGAAUUUGGUUGAUUUGACAUCCGAGUCUUCGCCCGCACGGUCCAGAGGCGAGGGAAAUGAGCCUUCUUAGCUCCGCUCUGUCGUCACAGCGUGCACACGCGGGUGAACACUCAUGCGGUUAUAGCUCGUGCGCUGUAGGAUGGUGCGGGUGAUCAUUCAUUUCACUCUUGAAAGUUUGCCGCGAUUCACGAUAAUCGUACGUAGUAUGAACGUCAUAAAGCAACUGUCACCCGCGCCAUGCUACAGUGUCAACUGUAGUCUAUAGUAACUGAUCAGUUUGUGUACCACAUUACAGCAUCAUCACACUGGCGUCUGUCGACGGCCUCGUGUGAGGAGGCUGUGGACGUUAAUUUGGCACUAGUUGAGCAUAACUUAAGUUUUGCAAUAAAAUUAAAAUUACUUAAAUGUAAAUAUGUAAAGAUAUUGGUCGUCUCCUCAAAACUUAAAAGCAGCUGAUCUCAUCUUGAAUAUUAGAAUAUUAUUGUUUUUUUUUGCCCGACGUAGUUUAAAAACGAGUACCUAGCUACCUGUACUUAACAGAGCUAUCGCACUAGCGGAUUGCGAACGUUCUCAAAGCGAUCAAUUCUACUUUUAUUCUUCUUGAUACACUUAUACUAUACCUUAAUGAUUAAUUCAAGUUUUAUGUACUUAUUACAUAUUUACGUUUAAAAAUUACCUGUUAUUAAAUCAAUUCAAUUUUAAUAUCAUAAAAAACAUGUUUUAUCAAUUAGUGCCAAACAUUUUAAUAAAUUUAAUUACUCGUAAUAAAUAAAAUAUUUUUUAGAAUAACACAUUUGUACAUUUUGUAAAUAUAAUGUGACGAUUAUUUUGAACAUAGCGCGUAUUGUGAGUUAGACGUACGAUCCAAGUUCCUUUAUGUAAGAAAAUGCUUAUUUUAUACAUUUGACGUGUCGACGCAAAGCAGAGCAGGUUACGUGAUAGGCGUCCUUCGAUAUGAACCUGUUGAAAUUGCACUUCGCUUUGUUGUUGCUAAAACUGUGUCUCACACAAUUUAGAAAUUGUUUAAAUUAAAUAAAGAUCACUCUACAAUCAUCUUAUAGUUAAAGCAUUAACAUUUUUACAAUUUUUAUUAUGAUUUUGACCAAGCAGCCAACAUGUAUUUAUUGUUUGUAAAAGAAAAACAAACAAUACAUGUUAGUGUUUGAUAGAUAGUAAAUUCUACAAGAAUUUGAUUAUAGAUAAUUGUUUUUCGGGAAACACUUUGUAUUUGGUUGUAAUAGUAGUAGUAGCGUUGGGCUGCGUGCUUGUGUGUGUGCUACUGAAGGAGCGUUCGCAAAACGGAAACUUGUUCUGAAAAUAUCAUUUGCGUACGAGCGGGUAUCGAGCUAACGGAUAGUUGGUAAACGGGAUUUUAUGCCGCGUUACAGUAUUGUUUUAAUUAAAUGAACGCGCGCACGUCGCCAUCCGCUCCUUUGUCGUGCUUCGGUACUACGUGGACGAGGACUCGUUUAUACGUCUCGCCUGUAGGAACUGUUCAGUUUGUGUGAACACUUCACAGAAUGUUCACAUUCAACGCAUCCGCUAGUGUGCCCUCACGCACUGGCAACUUACUACUACAUCCAAAGAGACUUCCUCAAGUAGACAACUGCCCCACAAUCGGUCUAGUGUCCAUUGUCCAAUAAACACGUUGCGUUACGUUUUGACGCUGCGUCGUUUUCCAUAUAUUCUAAAUAGUAUCCCACAUUAUCGCGUUGCUAUGACGCACAGUGUUUCGAUCCAUUGUUGAGACUACGUCAUAGCAACGCAGGUGCGGCACACAAUGCGUUGAUAUUGUAUCAAGUCCAUGAUGCAAACAUCAGAUCUAGAAACAAACACCGGCAAACCACCGGCACUAGAUCUAUACAGUCUGCACGUUUCUGUUGCCUUGGUAUUCAUCAUUCUUAAUAUUUAUAACCAUUUGCAUUAGAACCGUUGUUAAUUAAAAUAUUAACGUGUAUCUUUACCGCGCAGCUAUAGAUAUGCUGUUGUUGAGGAGCUCCUACGUGUCGGUGUUAUGACGUUUACCAACCACACGAUCUAUUUACAUUUACUUGCUCGUCUCGAUCGUUUAUAUGGAGCAGUCUUAAAACGCAUUUGGAUUAACCGCUGGUAUAGUAAAUAUUUAUUUUAUAUUCUGCUACAAACAAAACCAGCAGAAAUAUAAAUUUCGGCAGAGAACUAUGAAAACUGUUAUUCAGAACUAAUACGCAAGAAAAGUUUUAUUGAUUGGUACUUAAUGAUCUUAAUGAUUACGCAAUACAAAUAAUAAUGUUUGUUUUAUUUAACUAUAUAAAAUCUAUCUAUCUUUACAAAAUAAUCUUGUUUCCCUCUUAAAAUGGCCGUUUACUUUUUCGUCGAUGUGGAAUCAAUAAAUAA